AUGAAGUUCCCCAAUUCUCCACCGACAUUGACCUUGGCUGAAAGAAUGCCGUCUGAAAUUUGUAAGAAACACAUACAUACGGGUUACCGGCAACCACACCAGCCUUGGUUCUAUUACGUCAUCAGUGUCUUCCACGCCAACAACCAGACGCUCAAUGUAUGGACACAUGUCAUUGGCUUUCUAUUUAUAGCAUACAAAACAUAUGACAUGUCCUUGACCUUCGAUUUUUUAAACGAUCCCAUGUAUCGACCGUUGGGAGCAGGGUUGCUAUGCAUCUUGACUCUUCUGGCUGUUAGUUCUUUCGCUCACACGUUUGGCGACAGAUCGGAGGUUGCCCAUUACACUUGCUUUUGCAUGGACUUCGACGCCAUUGGUUUGUAUUCAAUGGGUUGCGCCCUGAUCAGUCAUACAUAUUUCACGACGGAAAAGAGCCUUGCAAAGUUUCUUGUGAAAUGGUCAAGACCCGGAUGUAUAUAUUUGGCAAUGCAAUUUUCAGUAUUGCUUUCCUUUUCAAAACUUCGUUUUGGAAGAGCUAACAAACUGUGCAAAGUUUUCCAGUGUUUUACUGUUUAUUCGAGUUACGUGUGGUUUAUGGUGCCAAUAAUACAACGAUACUUUUGGCCAGAGCACAACUACCAAGACAACACCUUAGGACUUCAUAUGUAUCAUAUAAUAUAUUUCCAGCUCAAUAUUUUAAUAUAUAGUGCACACGUUCCUGAACGAUGGUUUCCUAGGACGUUCGACAUCAUCGGCCAAUCCCAUCAAUUACAACAUAUCGCCAUGGUGGUAUUUGUGAAUAAUUUUAUCAACGUCACUACUGAGGAAAUAAAAUCUUCAUCUUCUAUCAAAAUUCUGAAAUACAUGACCCGAAAACUAGGGACAUUUGAGAAUUCGUACGGGGCGGUAAUGUUGGUGAUGUAUUUUAAUUGUUUCAUGGUAGUUCUAGCCUCACUCUAUGCAAUUAUAAAGGUUGCAAGAAGUUCGGAUUCGGCAGAAUUGACCAGCACUGGUAAAGUAAAACGGAGUGAUCUCAACGAUCAAGCACACGUAUCUAACGACGAGGUUUGCGACGAAGACACAAAUACUGUCAUUCGAACGUCAACAGAGGAACAAAACAUGGACGCUCCCUCAGACGACGCAAACAUCUUGAAAAAAUCACAAUGA